AUGGUUUUUGCAAAAAACGCACCGAAGCGUCACAGGUCGAGGAGCAACAGUGGCAGCAGCAGUCGGAGUUCGUCGUCACAAGACAAUCAGCUGUUUCUGGCUCCUCUUGCGGUGCGGUCUUCCAAGGUGCAGCGGGGAGUGGAGCGGCCCACAUCACCUCACGCCGCUGGUCCUGCCGCCAAGCGAGCCAGGAUGAACGUUGAUUAUAAUGUUCAUUAUUCGGGAAGCCGGUCAGUUGCUCAGCGGUUAAAGCAGUGUUCGCUUAAGGAUCUCAAUAGUACUACAUCGAAUGGCAACGUUGCAUUCAAAACGCCUAGUUUACCUGGAUGUAAGCCGUCGCCGAAGCUCACACAAAGGCAGCACAACACCGUUCGCAUAAUCGCUCAAUACCUUCGCGAUCUAGGGCUGAAAGAAUCCUUGGAUGCCCUCACAGAAGAAAGUGGAUGUAAAGUUGAAAACGCGAACGCACGAAAAUUAAGAGAAGCAAUCUAUAAAGCGAAAUGGGAUGAUGCGAUCGCUGUUUUGGAAAAGUGCUACACGAAUCUCAAGCCACAUCAGCUUGAAACAGCCAAGUUGAUCAUUCUAGAGGAGAAGUUUUACGACCUUUUGCAUGCUGACAAUACACCGAUGGCACUGCGACUACUUCGCGAAGAAUUUCCUAACACACCCGCGGUACGAGAGAAACGUUCCAGCAUGAUCCGGAUGCUUUUCAUGGAUAAGCAACAAUUAGCUGAAGUCCCGGAAGCGAUGCGUUACAGAACCAAGAAGGACCGGCGUAAACUUGUGGUCAAGGUGCAACGAGUACUACCUGCCACAUUUAUACUUCCCCCGGCGAGACUAGAACAACUUCUUGAUCAAGCUCACGCAACGCAAGUUUCAAAAUGUCGGGUGCAUCUCAAAAAGGAAACAUCUGAAGGCCUUGAAGCUGCUGAUAUUUUUGUCGACCAUAGUUGUCAAAAACGUUCUUCACGUGGCUAUGUUAACACUCAGACCAUUAGCGAUCAUAAAUGUGAGGUAUGGUGUGUGGAGUUUUCUCCCGAUGGUAAGCUGCUCGCCAGUUGCUCGAAAUCUAGUCGCAUAUUCAUUCAUACGGUUGCUUCUGGAGGUGAAAAAGUGGAAUUGUUACAUCUUCUUGCUGGAUAUGAUAAUGCUGAUGUUGUAUCAUGUAUGAGUUGGAGCGGUGACAGUAAACUGCUCGCUGUCGCUUGUACGGAGCAAGCCCCUUUUGACAUCAUGGUGUUUGCUGCAAAAGAAGGUCGAAUGUUGCGUACUAUUGACAACUUGCCGAACUCUCUUUUUACUACUUGUGCCUUUUUCAAUGCUCCGAAUUAUUUCCUCAUUGCCGGAGAUGAACGUGGACAUUUACAAAUUUGUGAUAUCAAACAACCCUCAGAAGGGCAUGUUCUUGGCCUUUGGGAAGGCUAUCGUAUCCGUGGUGUUUAUGGUAUGAGUGAUUGCGUUACAGUUCUUGCCUCCGAUACACAUCAUAGGCUUCGACGGUAUCGCUUUGAUAACCGCGUUGACGAGACGGUUUUUACGGAAGAGGUGCCAAUUAUAUCUUUUCGGGUACAUCCUAACGAGAGAUUUGUCCUCACCACAACACAACGGAAUCUUCGUAUGUGGGAUCUACAAUCAAAGACGUUAGUUAGGAAUUUUUAUGGAGCUCAGCAAGGAAAUCUUGUAAUUCAUGCUGGAUUUGGAGGUAUUAAUCAUGGAUACUUGGCGACUGGAACUGAGGAUCAUAAAGUUGUUAUAUGGAGCAUUGGAAAUAGCAAGCAUACCAUGAGGUUACGAGGACACAAGCGGGUAGUCAAUGGAGUUACAUGGAAUCCCAAAUACCCAACGUUAUUAGCGAGCUGCUCAGAAGAUAUGACUGUGCGCAUAUGGAAUAUUGCACGUAAUGAUCUGCCUCCGGAACCACCCACAUCUAAAAGAAAGGGUCACAAGAAAAAAACGGGUAAACAACCGACAAAUGGCAAGGAAAAGAAAAGUGGAACCACAUGA